AUGAGUCACAUCAUAGUAAUACGAAGCUAUAAGCCAGGCGAUGAAAUUAAUUGUAAAGAAUUAGUGAAGACAGGUGUGAUGUCUUCUUUAAGUUCAACGUUUUUUGGAAUUGUGCUUAAAGAAUUAACUUUUCAAUUAAUGAUAUUGUUUGCUGCUGUAAUGUUUAUCUUUUUUGGAUUACCUUUAACAGUUUGCAUUUUAGUUAUUCCUCUUGUCAUUUUUCUUGUGUAUGUUGGAACUUACAUAGGUUUCACUGCGAAAGCUAUGGAAGUUAAUGAAGAAGUUUCAAAUAUACCAAGGAUUUAUAUGUCCAAUGCUUUUUCAUGCUUUUGGGUUGCUGAAGCAUUUGAACCUUAUCUAAUGACACAUGAUCCAAAGAAUAUACAUUAUACCAUAAUGACAGAACAGCAGUUCCGUGAUUCCAAUAUUGAUAUUUCAUCUCAGGUUAAGAAGAUUGUAGGAACUGUUGCCUUAUGUAAAAGCUAUAGAUUAGAUAAAGGUGCAUGGAUCAAAAGAUUAUAUGUACACGAGCAAUAUAGAAGAAAAGGAAUAGCUUCGUGCCUUAUAAAUGUUGCUGUUGAAUUUGCUAUUGCUGAAGGAUAUGGUUGUGCCAAUAUUGUUGCCUCAGAAUAUACAGAAGGUGGAAGAGAACUGUGUUUUAAAAAAGGUUUUGAGCUACAACACAUGUACCAUAAACCAAUUUUGGGUUCACUUAUAACUAUAUUGAUGUAUGAAUUAACAUACCAAAUUAAACCUGGUGAAGAUGAUUUUAUGCCUACAGUUUAUACUAGAUCUAUGCUUAAUAAAUAA